AUGGUACGGCCACCUUCACCCGGACGGAAAAAUGUAAUGAAACUGAUUAACUUAUUUGAGGGUGGACCCGCACCGUUGGUCGAUUUAGAUGAGUCGUUGACGGACGAUAUGAAUCGCAAUCAAGCAACAAGGCAUCAAAAGGUUCCGGUGAACAAAAAUGCAAUCAGUGGUCCGACAGACGGAAAGAAGUUGGUUCCUGAACGUGAUCUGACCGCUCCCGGAAACUCCCCGUCAACAAACGAUUGGCAAUCGAAGGAUUUGGGUGAUGUGGUGCUGCGAAUACGGGAUAUUGAGAAUAAAUACGAUCGACGGCAGCGUUACCAGUCCAUAUUUACCAACGCUCCACUGUACCAAGUCUAUUCUCAGCGCGUUGCACGUAAAGAAACAAAACGAGAGGCCCGGCGUCGCCAUGAUGCUCGACAAACAUCUGCCAAAGUUUCACCCGGUGAUCAUCCAACCGGUUCAAAUAGUUUGGAAUUCGACGACGCCCUGUUCGAACCAAUUGAUAGCGAUGAUCGCGAAUUCGGUGAUCCAGUAUUCCCCGACCCACCUACACUGAAUUACAACCCCGACACUAUCCCCCCGGAAGUUCCAAAGCACGGAAUCCCAACCGAUCUCAAUCACAGAUGGGAUACAGAAGAAUUGGCAGGCGCUGCAGCUGAGAUUUGGAAACGAAAUGCAUCAACCCGAGGAUCGUCACGCUCUACAGGUUCCGAGAGCCGCAAAUCUCCACCGGUUGUCGACAAUCGAACAAGAAUUCGAUCUUCAGAUGGAUCUCGUUCUCCGGAUCGUACCGGGUCGUUGAAUCGUACCCCUUCUUCACCCACCAGACCACGAUAUCCUCAAUCCUGUUCUCUAGAGACCAAAUCAUUCGCUCAGGAAAUUGCCGGAACUGGACCAAAUCGUGCCAUGUGGUGCAAUAUGCCACAGGUUAUAGCAGCUGGAUUAUCGACUGGUUUAUCUUCCUUGGAAAAGAAACUGCAAGAGGCUCUAUUCGAAAUUAUCACCUCGGAAGCUUCGUACUACAGAAGCCUAAAUGUUCUUAUUGAGGUGUUCUACAAAGCACCUUGUAUGCAACCUGGCACUCCCGGUGCUGUCAUUACGCACACGCAGAAGCACCAUUUGUUCUCCAACAUUCUGGAGAUUCAUUUGACGAGUGAGAACUUUCUCAGCGCCAUGGAAGCCUGUUUCCGUGAGGAUCCUAUGCUGAAGAAUCUGUGCGAGAUUGUAUAUGAACACGCGGAGAGCCGAUUUGAUACCUACGUCCCAUAUGUACAGAAUCAGAUGUAUCAAACUCGGACGCUAUAGCAUAUUUGGGAUGCGCUUAACAUGAAACAUGUAAAAGCCUUUAUGGAUCACCCCAGUCAUCUAUUGUACGUAUUUACGAUUGGUUAUUUCAGUGAAACACCUGCAUUUGCCGAAGCUGUGAAGAACUUGCAACGUAUUCCGGAAGUCGGUUUUCUCGAUAUGAACUCGUUUCUCCUGUUGCCACUGCAACGCGUUACUCGACUUCGAUUGUUGGUAGCCACCGUGUUGAACUAUGCCCCCAAAAGCACUGUGGUAUAUCAAUCUGGUUUGGUCGCUUUGGCUGCAUUGGAAAAGGCAAGUAUCAGUCGAUAUGGUGAUUAA